AUGAGCGCGUCGACCAUGCGCGCGUUCGCGCCCGCCCCGUGCGCGCGUCCGCGUUCCGUCUCUCGAUCGACGACGCGUCGCGUCGCGCUCGCGGCCGCGGCGGACGCGACAUCCGCCCAGUACCUUCGUGGUCGCGCCGUGGCCGAUAAGCUCGUGGGCACGAGCGUAUUCUUGAUCGGCAUCAUGGGCACUGGUAAGUCUACCGUCGGGGCGGCGCUCGCGAAAGCGAUGGGAUACAAGCACCUGGACACCGACGAGCUCAUUCAAGGGGUGACGAAGAAGACGCCGGCGGAGCUCUUCGCCGAGUUGGGCGAGAGCGAGUUCCGGGCGAUCGAGAGCCUGAUCUUAGCGGAAGUCGCGGCUUAUAAGAACUGUGUCGUCAGUACCGGGGGUGGGAUCGUGUGCGAACGGACGAAUUGGAUGCAUCUGCACAACGGGGUGACGGUGCGCCUGCACGGCGAGAACGAGCUCUUGGCCAAGCGCGUCUUGGCGGACGGGGUGGAGAAACGACCACUCUUAGCGAGCGAGGGCGGUGAGAGCGAUGAUGAGAGCGAACAGAUGGCACGAGUCGUGGCCAGGAUUGAAAAGUUGUUGGAGGCCAGGGAAUCGAUGUACAAACAAGCGGACCUGACGGUUCCGCUCGGCUCGCGGGACGACGCCGGCGCGCCGGUGGACGUCGUGAUCGAUCGCAUCCUCGAGGCCCUGGACGCGCGUGUGAGCGAGGAUGCGGUGCAAAGCAAAUUGAAGAACGAACCCAAGGACGGUGAUAUCACCGUCACCGAUCCCAGAGGCGAGCUCGGCCCCAAGCCGAACGCGUAA